CCAUUAUUUCCUUUAUCACAAAGACUUCUGAGCUUUCACCCAAACGGAACAUAUCAAAUCCUUGCAUUUGUACCAUGUUUAUGUUUCUGCCUCAUGUGGCUUUUCUGCUUCUGCAUUUUGGAAUCAAAGAUGCUGUGUGCAGAAAGACUGACAAAAUCCCUGAUGUUAUUAAAGUUCGAUUAGGAGGACAGCUUACUUUAGACUGCACCUACAACUGUUCCUCUGGGUUUGUUCGCGGUGAAUGGCGGUGUGGAAAUAUGCCUGCGUGUACCACCUUUUUGUGGUCUGUACAAGAAAAAAACAUAAGUGAAGACUUGUGUAUAGUGAGCUUGGAAACACUUAAUCUGACCGUGGAACAGACCUCGUAUAACUACUCGUGUUUCUCUGUGAAGACCGAUCAUCAAGAUCUCCCUCAUAACCUUGAGCGACUCAUUUCACUUCAAAUCCAAGGACCAGUCAUCCCUCGUGAAAUAGCUCUAGACAUAGAAGUAGAGAUUUACCAAAAUCAGAAGAAGAUAAACCUAUCAUCGUAUUCCAUCCAAGUGCCAGUCGGAGACAAACUAAAACUGGAAUGUAUUUCAACCAACCAACUUUGUGAAGGCCAGUGGAUGAGAGAUGAUGCAAAUCUCACAGAAGACAUCUCUGGCUCACUGUUAGAAUGGAACGAAAUUACAGAAGAAGAUGGAGGAACGUACACAUGCUACACAAACCAGCUUUGUACCAGCCAGAGGAUUAGUGUAGUGAUUGAUGUCGUUAAAACAAAUGAAUUUGGAUGGAUCAGGCCCUUGGCUGCAGCUGCACUGUCUGUAGCAGUCAUGCUACUGUUUCUGCUCAUAUAUCUACGCUACAAAAAGAGAGGGAAGAAUCCGCUGGAUGCAGAAGAUUCAACAGCUGUAAUCUAUGAAAACACAAGAACCAAAAAAGAAGGAACCAUCCACAAACCCACAGUACAAGACUGCCAGAGCGAUCAUGAAGUUCCUUACGCUGACAUUGUGAUCUCCGUGAGAGGCUCCAGCAUUCCAGAGCUCACAGGACUCCAUGGCCAAACUUCACGAGAUCACAGACUUAGAUGGAGGGACGACGGCACCGGUGCAUCUCAUUUACAAGCUUGUCGCUCAGCUGACAGGCUACACCUUCACCCCCGAGAGGUCAGCAGGAAACUAAGCACAACCUCUGAAUAUGCUGUCAUCACAUACUCCACAGAUGCACUUAAUUAGUCUAAUUUGUUUAAAUACAUUUAAAUAAUGGAUAUACACCGAUCAACCAUAACACUGAGCAGUGAGAGGUGAAGUGAAGAAGACUGAUGAUCUCCUCAUCAUGGCACCUGUUAGUGGGUGGGAUAUAUUAGGCAACAUUUUGUCAUCAAAGUUGAUGUGUUAGAAGCAGGAAAAAUGGACAAGCGUAAGGAUUUGAGCGAGUUUGAGAAGGGCCAAAAUGUGAUGGCUAGACGACUUAGCUCUCCAAAACUGAAGCUCUUGUGGGGUGUUCCCGGUCUGCAGUGGUCACUAUCUAUCAAAAGUGGUCCAAGGAAGGAACGGUGGUGAACCGGCGACAGGGUCAUGGGCGGUCAAGGCUCACUGAUGCACGUGGGGAGUGAAGGCUGGCCCGUGUGACCCGAUCCAACAGACGAACUACUGUUGCUCAAAUUUCUGAAGAAGUUAAAGCUGGUUCUGAUAGAAAUGUGUCAGAAUACACAGUGCAUGAUGGGUCAGGGCUGUUUUGGCGGCAAAAAGGGGACCAACACAAUACUGCGCAGGUGGUCAUAAUGUUAUGCCUGAUCGGAGUGUAACUUAUAUUAUAUCUAUAUUGUAUUUUUUAGCUUUUGCAUGUUAAUAAAAAUGCAUGAUAUAUAUUUUUUUAACAUUUGUAACAUUAUAUGCAGCUCGCUUUCUUUUUACCCACAAUUUAAACUGCAAACUUUACAUUUUCAUGC